GCGGGGUCUAGGUCGCGGGCCCAACCGGCUGGCGCUAGGUGGCGGCAGCAGCAGCGGUGCGGGCGCUGGGCCGCGCGAGUCGCGAGUCUCCGAGACGGACGGCGGCCUCGGUCUCGCCAUGGUGGGCUCUCCGGGGGAGGUGGGGGACGGUUUGCCGCUGUGAGCGCGGCCUCGGACGUCGAGCCGUCAGCCAGGGCCUGGCGGCGGUGCUGAGCUGGGGCCGCCAUGAGCUCGGCUGAGCAGACGGUGACCUGGCUCAUCAGCCUCGGGGUGCUCGAGUCCCCCAAGAAAAGUGUGUCGGACCCCGAGGCCUUCUUGCGGGCUGCGCUCCGGGACGGCGUAGCCUUGUGUCGGCUGCUGGAGCGGCUGGUGCCGGGCUCGGUGCAGCGGAUACACCAGGAACCCAAAUCAGAGGCGGAAUGUCUGAAUAACAUCAAAGAGUUUCUGAAAGCGUGCGGGGCACUUCGUGUUGAGACUUUUGAUGCCAAUGAUCUUUAUCAAGGACUGAACUUCAACAAGGUUCUAAGUUCCCUGGUCACCUUGAAUAAAGUAACAGCAGAUAUUGGUGUUGGAAGUGACUCGGUAUGUGCACGUCACCAAUCGCAUCAAAUAAAGUCAGCUGAUUCUUUCACUGGAGCCCACUUGUCACUUGGAAGAACUUCCAAAAUUUUUCCUGGAAAGUAUCGAAGUUUAGACAUGACAGAUAACAGCAAACAUCAUAUGGUGGUGAAAGCAAAAUUCAAUUUCUAUCAGACCAAUGAGGAUGAACUCUGCUUUAACAAGGGCGAUAUCAUCCAUGUGACCAGAAUUGAGGAAGGGGGUUGGUGGGAAGGAACACUCAAUGGCAAAAAUGGAUGGUUUCCUAGCAACUACGUGAGAGAAAUCAAAUUGAAUGAAAAACCAGCCUCUCCAAAGUCAGCAACUUUGAAAAGUUCACCCAAAGGAUUUGAAACACCUCCUGUUAGUAAAAGCUACUACAAUGUGGUGCUGCAGAAUAUUCUUGACACAGAGUGCGAUUAUGCAGAGGAACUAACGAUGCUUCUGUCAACUUUCCUGCGACCUUUACAAGCCAGCGACAAGCUAAGUGUUGCUGAAGUUACAUCCUUGAUGGGAAAUCUGGAGGACAUCUGCUCCUUCCAGCAGAGUCUUGUUCAGUCUUUAGAAGAUUGUACCAAGUUACCCGAAUCCCAGCAGAAAGUUGGUGGCUGCUUUGCAAACUUGAUGUCUCAGAUGAAAAGUCUGUACCUUGCGUAUUGUGCCAACCAUCCCUGGGCUGUGAAUGUCCUCACAGAGCACAGUGAGGAACUGGGGGAGUUUAUAGAAAUGAAAGGAGCAACCAGUCCUGGGAUCCUCAUGCUUACCACCAGCCUGAGCAAACCUUUCAUGAGACUGGACAAAUACCCGACUCUGCUGAAGGAACUGGAGCGUCACAUGGAGGAAUCCCACCCUGACUGGCCUGACAUCCAGAGAGCUAUGACUGCAUUCAAAAGUCUUUCGUCUCAGUGUCAAGAAGUCCGGAAAAGAAAGGAAUUGGAACUACAGAUCCUGACGGAAACAGUCCAUGGUUGGGAGGGAGAAGAUAUCCGAUCCCUGGGCAAUGUCAUUUACAUGUCUCAGGUCAUGGUACAGAGCGGCAACGAGGAGAAAUGUGAGAGAUAUUUUCUCCUGUUUCCACAUGUCCUUCUCAUGCUCUCUGCCAGUCCCAGGAUGAGUGGUUUCAUUUAUCAGGGGAAAUUACCAUUAACAGGAUUAACCGUCACAAAGUUAGAGGACGGUGAUGAGCACAAGAACAGCUUUGAAAUUACUGGAAGUAUGAUUGAACGGAUUUUGGUGUCGUGCUCGAAUCACCAGGAUAUGCAGGAGUGGGCAGACCAUCUGCAGAAGCAAACAAAGGUCCCAAGUGUGGGAGUUGUGAGACAGCAGUCUAUGCCAUGUCACACACUUCCAUUGCACCCUGUGACGCCACUCAACAAGCAUUCUGAUGGUUAUCCGAUCUCCGUGACUCCACCCUACCAUACCCUUCCUCAUCCAUCCUUGCAUGGGACAUCCCACAGCACGCUGAGCUGGGGACCUCUGGAACCCCCCAAGAUGCCAAAGCCGUGGACUUUGAGCUGCCUCCGGCCAGCAGCCCCAUUGAAACCUUCUGCCGCUCUUUGUUACAAGGAGGACCUCAGCAGGAGCCCUAAAACCAUGAAGAAGCUACUUCCCAAACGGAAACCAGAGAGAAAACCCUCUGAUGAGGAGUUUGCACUGAGGAAAAGGUUUUAUCUUUAUUACCCAGGCACAGCAGCUCUUGAAGAAGAUGCACAAAUAUUGAAAGUUAUUGAAGCUUACUGCACUAGUGCCAAAACCCGUCAGACUCUGAACUCAAACGCUGCAGGACCUGCUAAGUGUUUCCAGCAUUUGCUUGUUUUAGAUUUCCAGCAUCAGCAGAUUUUUUUUUUGAUUGUCACCAAACUGAUGGGGAGAGUUGGGACAGUGUUGGGGCAGCAGUGCUUCCAGAGGCUGUGUGGUCUUUAGAAUCCUGCCCUUUCCCUCAGUUGAAGUAAUCAAAGACUUGUUUUGCCAUAAUUGUAUCUGCAGUUUGUAACUUACUGUGGGUUUCUAUGUGAAGUACCUCUAAGUUUUCAGUGAGUUUGUAACAUGCCCUAUCAUUGAAAAUUGAUUUUCCUAUUAUUUUGUAUAUUACAUAAACCAAUUGAGUCUUUCAGAUUUUCAAAACAAAAGCUGCAUUUCAAUUAUGCAAGGUAGUUUUAACUAUUAAAUUUUAUACCAUGUUGAGCAUUAAGUGUUUGUGAAAGCAAAACGCAAAUUAACUUCAUCAGUUUGUCAGCCACAUCUAUUUAUUAUAAAAUUAGGUUUCAAACUCAAAGUCUAGCUUUGAAUUUAAGCUGUGAUUUCUGAUUUAUUUAAUAGAUAUAAUAUAUCACUCUAUAUCAGAGUAGCCAAACAUUGUAAUUUAUUAUUUGACAGCAGAAUUAAAUAAUUUGAAAUACUUCACUGUUUUCAUUUAUGACAGAUACUUGAUGAAAGGUUGUGUUUGAUUGGCAUUGAUAUUGUGUAGUGUUUUUGUAAAUUGGUCCAUAGUAAUUAUUCAGGUCACUGUUUCACAAUGUGUAAUCUGUUUUUAGAAGGUUAAACUUUGCAGUGAUCACUGAAUAUUAUUCACUGUUUAUCACACCUAGUCAGGAUUUCAGCAAUUACUAUGUGGGCACCUCCAGUUUAAUGUGAUUGUUUUAGUUCUGGGUCAAACAUACCGCUGGUUUUGAUUCUGUGAUUGAUAUCAAUGUUCUGCAUCUGUGGCACAUGCAACAAGUUUCAUAGCCUCACCCAGGAGUUGAGGGUCAGGCUUUCAUUGGAGCUUGGAUAAUGUUAGCAAUCCUGGAAGGUCUUCAGUGAACCAGCUGAAAAGUUUAUAACACUCUCUCAGCCUGCAGUGAUUGUUUCCUGAAUUCAAUCCACAGCCUGCCCUGAUGGAGCUUGGAUUUAUAGCUGUUACCUGGAGUAGAGCAUGGCACGAUGGUGGCAGCUGUCAUAGCGAUUUCUGCCUGAUUUCUCAGCAUGCCCUUCAAUUGCACACACAGUGUGGUCUUGGCUGAUGACUUCCAGCAGGGUCUAACGUCUUUGAGUUUGGGGUUAAGGUGUUGUUUGAAUCCACAAUCACAGUGAUUUCCUCAGACUACAGAUCCACGGAGUUCUGAUUCGCUCUCUAUUUGAUCACUCAGCUGCAGUUGUCAGCAGGUGUAUCUUCUGUGAAACUGGCCCCUGGGCAAGUUCCGGUGACUCCAGAUCCUGGUUUUCUGAUUCGGCAUCUAUCCUCUCCUGAGAUAGGCUGCCACUUAGAGAAAGGUGGAAUGGUAAGGGAAGAGGGUAACAGGUUGCCUUGGAUUGGAGGCUACAGACUGGGGCUAACAAGUUGCAUGUGUCCACAGAACUCCAAUUUGGGCACUCCUGGUUAUUAGGUGUGUGUAAGAAUACUGUUUGUGCUGUAUUCAUCAUUAUCUGGUGUAAUGAACAGUGCUGCUGGAAUGUCCAAUUUCUCCAAAUUGAACCUUCCUACAUAGUAUAAAAUAAGAUGGUUUGAGGCCAUUGAUUGGAUUCUAGUUAUACCAGCAACCUGUAAUUGGUACAUUUCUGGUUAACUGGAGCAUGAUAGUAUUUAAUAAACGUGAGCGAGUAAUUUAUCAUAACACAUAGGAAGGCUCCUUGUAUGAUGAGGUUGGGUGGAGACAACUCAUGUGUAGAGGGUAGCACUUAACCAAACACAACUCAGUGUGUCCUGUUGUACACUCAGUAGCUUCUGUGCUGUGCGGUUCUGUUUCAGUAAUAGCUAAUUAUUUGCAAAAAAAGCAGUUUCAAGAAUUAAGGCCUUUAAAUAAACAAUCUUUUGUAUAUUUGAGUGUUGCAUUUGUACAGUGUACGACUGUCUCUUGUGAUCUGCAUUUAUCCAACUCAAGUGUUUGUUUUUUAAAGUAAUUCAUUUCCAUUGUAAAAUACAGUUGAAAAUAAAAUGUCUUUAUUAUAGUGUUGUUUUGUAUUAUAUGUUGAACUUUGCAAAGAUGAGAUUAAUUGAUAUUAUAGCCUGAUGAAAGGGCAUUGCUGGUGAUGGUGUAGGAACAGAAAUGGACUGUAUGGCGCAUUGUCUAUGCUGUGUUCAGCGAAGUGAGCCAAGAGAUCCUUUCACCUUGCAAUCUGAGCCCUAGUCAUUCUCACAGGUAGAUCACUGGUCAUUAGCUCCUAGAUUAUUGUAAUAAAACUGACAGUAGGAGUAAUAGAUAUUGAUGUUUGAUAUUUUACUGAAUUUAUAAUCCUAUAGUGCCAUCUGUUUUCAGAGUCAAACUUUUAUUCAAGUGACAUGAAGCAAUGACCAUUUGUGAUUAAUGUAAUCCAGCCCCAUGUCUUCAUCUUUCCAGACAAAUCAACUAAUUUAUAAAGUCUUACAAUGAUAGUAUUCAGGUGCAAAAUUGCCAUCUGUUUCUCCUCGACUUUCCUGGGAGAGAGCGAACAAUGCUUUAUCUGAAAAAACUCAACAAUGUUUCAUUCCAGGCUGAUCUCUUCUCCAACCCGAGGGAAGGAUUUGCACAGAUUUUGAACAGCGUCCUGCUUAAGACUGAAGUGGGAUAUAAAGUAGGUUCCUGACUGGGUAGCUGCCAGCUCCAACUUCACUGUUGACCAUAAACCCUACUUAAAGCAGCUUGUGUUGAGAUUAGAUUUAAAUUGUUCUAUUCAUGUUGAGCCAGUGCUGUCCUUGUGCUGUGGGGUAGACUGGGAGCAGAUGAUUGUUGUAUCAUACCAGUAUAUUCUUCAAAAAGAUUUCGGUAGUUUCCUCACUGAGGAUUCCCAUGGAUUUUUAUUUGGAAGUGGUGAUAAGGGGCUGCCCAGAAUUCCUGAUUUCCAUGCAUGUAAAGUCCAGGUGUCAUUUUGGACUGGUUUGAACUGGUCUUUAUUGUUUGGUGUGAACAAUUGUGCCUCUGGGUAGAGGUACACUGCUCACUCUGAAUACACCAUUGACUCUUUUUGUAAUAUCAGUGAAGUCAGCUUACACACUUGAGCUUAGUGUUGGUUUUGCCUGUUGUUUAAUUCUACAAGAAGACAGUGACAGAAGCUUUGAAGGCAGCCGGCAGCAGGACCGACGCUUUAUUAGGUGAGGCUUUCUGGUACUAGGUAGGACUAUACUGCUGUAGUCCAUCCACUUCACGGCUUGACGUGUUGUGCAUUUUGAGAUGCUCUCCUGCACACCACUGUUGUAACAUAUUUGAGUUACUGUUGGUAAUUUGAGUUACUGUUACCUUCCUGUCAGCUUGAACCAGUCUGGCCAUUCUCCUCCGACCUGCCACUGAUUGGCUGCUUUUUGUUUUUGUACCAUUCUCUGUAACCUCCAGAGACUGUUGUGCAUGAAAAUCCCAGGUCAACACUUUCUGAGAUACUCAAACCACCCCGUCUGGCAUCAACAAUCA